CCGACUGGGCGCCAGCUGUGCCAGACCGGGUGCCAGCUAACCAACAGCGCCGCCGCCCCGCCCCGGCCAUGAUUCUCUACACGUACUGGAUGAGCUCGUGCUCGUGGCGCGUCCGCAUGGCACUGGCCUGGAAACGGCUGGAGGCAGAGCGGCGGCCGGUGGACCUGACGAAGGAAGAGCAGCGGCGCGCCGAGUUCGCCACCGUUAGCCCGCAACAGCAGGUGCCCGUGCUGCUGGACGGUGACGUCAGCAUCAGCCAGUCGAUGGCGAUCCUGGAGUGCCUGGAGGAGGCAUACCCGGCGCGGCCGCUGCUGCCCGCCGAGCCCGGCCGGCGCGCGCUCGUCCGGCAGAUCUGCGAGAUGAUCGUGUCCGGUAUACAG